CGCGGUGACUUCUCGUGAAAUCUCGCGAGGGCUGACUCAGACGAGAACACAGCACGGAAAACAUGACGUCUUGUCAACAGCACUAACAAGACAUGCCAUAGGGUCCCACCAAAUAGCCACCCAGCCAUCAGUGCCCACAUCCCACCGUCCCCAUGACAACCCCUCCUCUGGCCCAGUUCCCUGGGCAACAGGCUCAGGCAGCUCGGGAUGUGAACACAGCCUCGCUCUGUCGGAUCGGACAGGAGACGGUGCAGGACAUCGUCUUACGAACCAUGGAGAUCUUUCAGCUGCUGAGAAACAUGCAGCUGCCGAAUGGAGUCACCUAUCAUCCUAACACUCAUCAGGACCGGUUGGGGAAACUGCAGGAGCACUUGCGGAUGCUCUCCGUUCUUUUCCGCAAGCUCCGUCUCGUCUAUGACAAAUGCAAUGAAAAUUGUGCUGGCCUGGACCCCAUCCCUCCUGAGCAACUUAUCCCGUAUGUAGAGGAUGAGAGUUCUAAACUGGAUGACCGAAUGGCCAAUCAAAUGCGUGCAACCAGCGAAGAGAGAAGAGAAGUACUGGAAGUAAAUAAGAAACUCAAACAGAAGAACCAGCAGCUGAAGAUGAUUAUGGACCAACUCAGAAACCUCAUCUGGGAGAUCAACUCCAUGCUGGCUGUCAGGAGCUGAAACACACACACAUAUGCGUGUGCACAGUCAUACACUGUUGUACAUACACUGCCUGUAUUCGCUGCAUUCAUGAGCUGUUUUCAGCGGGACACGUAAGACAGAUGCAGGAAAGAGCAGCGAGGCACAAAAUUGAGAGAAGGUAGGAAGCGAAACGAGGACUGGACUGAAGAAAUUCUGCUACAUUCAUAACACACGGUUGAAAUACCAAUUCGGUUCAGCUGUCUUGGAUUCAAUUUUCAACCUGAUGAACAUUAGGUCUGAGCAGUCUGCUCAUUCACUCAGAUAUGCUUUAAAAUGAACCUUUUACGCAAGUAUACUCAUAUUUUGCAUGAGCGAUGGCUGCUAUUUACGGUUAAACUGUAUAGUAUAGUUAUAGUUCAAUCAUAACUUACAGAAAAAUAUUGUAUGAAACGUAUUGCAUAUUAGUGUGGUGUUAAUAUAUCUAUUAAGUAUAAACAUAUACCAAUGCUUGUCCAAUGUGACUUCUAUUUAAAAAAAAAAAAAAUCAAGAACAAAUGGUCUGAUUUUAAUAUUAGAUAUAAAAGCAUCCUAUUCAAAAAGAAAAUAAAUGCACAGCUGUCUACAGUAACUGCACAAUCAAUAGUGCUCAAUUCCAGCAUGUACGGUUCAAUAUACCUUACAUUAUUUGUAAUCCCUAAUCUGUAACCUCUAAUCGGAAAAAAAAACAUGCAAGUCAUGUCGUUAUAGCAUCAAAUAUGACUUUAUUCAUUUUCUUAUAAAUCAUUCAUACAAAAUUGGCAUUUUGCAAUUUCUUUAUCACCUCUAUAAAAAGUCCUCUGUUAAUUACUGGGAUGAAGGGUCAGGACAGGAGGGAGCAAAACAAACAGCUCUGAACAAAAAUAACCCAAAACAAAUCGGUAUUUACUCAUAAAUAGUCUAAAGUGGUCAUGCAAGUCUGGUUAACAGCCUAACGUGAGCAAUACAGUCGAGUGUUUAACAGAUGCUGUGAAACUUUAGUGUCCGCAGAUGACGCAACUUUAUUUGAAAGAUUUUGCUGCUUCUGUCCCAUGUGACAGCGGGGGUCACAAACUCAACUCAGUUGAAUCAAAAGGCACAAUCAGGGAGAGAUCAGUGAUGUUUUUGAGCAUGACUCCAUAUUGCUUAUUGCUAAUCACAGAACAUAAUGUAAGAUAAAUCAGAUGCUAAUUUGACCAGUUAGCCUCGAGACAGGAUGAUUUCGACAGAACGAAAAAGUAUAGAAACAAUGCAAGAAUCAGUUUGCUAACGACAACAUAAUACAAUUGCAUGAGUUUAAAUUUGCCAAGAUUCUUUGGUGAUCUUGCAAGUGUGUAGUGAUAGCAGCAGCAUUCAACAGGCCAAUUUCAAAUGAAUGGCUUUGUCACGUUAAGCUGGGUAAUUAAAAUAACAUUGGCGUCAAUGCAAACACCUAUCAGUGUGUCGUCUGCACACAUGCUGUGCACUGACAAGGGCCUUGGGCAGAUCUGGACAUAUCAUGAGCCCUGAUGACAGUGUUGGCAAGGGCAUCGUGACAGGAUGGGAUGCACAUAUUAAUCAAAACAGACAUCUGAUGCACACAUCUACCUGCUAAAAUCAUCUUGGAUGCAUCAUCCUAUAUGUAAUUGUGUAGAUCCAGCUGUAUGAACAAGGAUUAUGUACAUUGUAUUUGAAGUGUACAUAAUUGGCUGAUGAAAUUGUGCGAGGCCAGACAUUAAUUGUGUGAUAUGACAUCAUAAUGACAAUCAUAGGUAUAAAUGCUGGACAUACAUUUUUAAAUUAGAUGAUUUGCUGAACUUAAAACUUAACCAGAUGUGUGCCGUUUGUUAAAAAAAAAAAAGACAGAAAAGGAUGACAAAGACAACUAAUUAACUAAUGAACAUUUUAUGCAACUGUUAAGAGGGCAAUUAUAGUAGAAGCUUUCAGGGACUUGAAAUUAAUUCACAUACUUGUAUAACAAGAUUCAAGCAAGCACCUAAACGUUAAUGUCAAGAUGGACAUUUUAAAAUUUCAUUCAGGCCAGUUCAUUCGGAUAAUGUCAGAUGAAUCACAGGAGCAUUACGGCAAAUUUCUCAGACCUUUAACUCAUGAUUCAAUGUCAAAUAGCUUAUUAAAAUACAAUGCACAACAAUUGAAGUCUGAAACUCGGGUUCCUAAACAUUCAGUGUCAGGUAUGCAUUUCAAUUUCAGCGUGGGCUGACCAUGAUGGGGGAUAA